CUGUCGUUCCCGUGGGCGCCUUCGGGCCGCUUUACGGCCGAUUAAGAUCUCCUUCUCUUUCUUCAUUGUUCUUGAUUACUUUACGGGCCGAUCUAUAGCCGAUUAAGAUCUCGUUCUCCUCCUUCUUUGUUCUUGAUUCCUUCCCGCUCCACUGCUAGAGGCCCGACAUGGCGACGGCUUCGGCUAAUUUCUGUAUUGAUGUUCUUUGCUGUUGGGCGUGGAUGAGAUACGAGAUGGUGAUUGGUUUUUUUGUUGGCCUCUCGUUUUGGAUGCGUGAUGAUGGUUUGGGGUUUCUGACGUGAAAAGGAACUGACAAGAACAAUAUGCAUCGUUUAAAUCCCGAGAAGACCAUCGAAAACAACUUGAGUUGGAAGAAGCACGUAAGGCUGGGCUUGCCCCAGCUGAGGUUGAUGAAGAUGGAAAGGAAAUUAAUCCACACAUUCCUCAAUACAUGUCAUCUGCACCUUGGUAUCUUAAUGCUGAGAAGCCUAGUUUGAAGCAUCAGAGGAAAUGGAAGUCAGAUCCAAAUUACACAAAAUCAUGGUAUGACAGAGGUGCAAAAAUUUAUCAGGCUAAUAAAUAUAGAAAGGGUGCUUGUGAAAAUUGUGGGGCAAUGACUCAUGAUAAGAAGUUAUGCAUGGAGAGACCACGGAAGGUGGGAGCAAAGUGGACUAACAUGCAUAUAGCUCCAGAUGAGAAAGUGGAGACAUUUGAACUUGAUUAUGAUGGAAAACGUGACCGUUGGAAUGGCUAUGAUCCAUCAACUUAUGCUCGUGUAAUCGAGCAAUAUGAAGCUAGGGAGGCAGCGAGGCGGAAAUAUCUAAAAGAACAGCAACUGAAAAAGCUGGAGGAGAAAAACAACAAUCAGAAUGGCGAAGGUGCAGUUAGUGAUGAGGAUGAUGACGAAGAUGAGCUAAAGGUAGAUGAGGCAAAGGUUGAUGAGAGCAAACAGAUGGACUUUGCAAAAGUGGAGAAACGUGUACGCACCACAGGUGGUGGAAGCACUGGAACAGUCAGGAAUUUGCGUAUUAGGGAGGAUACUGCAAAGUACCUUCUGAAUUUAGAUGUCAAUUCAGCCCACUAUGAUCCAAAAACCCGUUCCAUGCGUGAGGAUCCUUUACCAGAUGCCGAUCCAAAUGAGAAAUUUUACGAAGGUGAUAACCAAAACAGAAUUAGCGGACAAGCACUCGACUUCAAGCAGCUGAAUAUGCAUGCUUGGGAAGCUUUUGAGAAAGGGCAGGAUAUCCACCUGCAAGCUGCCCCCUCUCAAGCAGAAUUACUUUUUCAGAAUUAUAAGAUUAUUAAAGAGAAGUUGAAAUCAAAAAUGAAGGAUACCAUUAUGGAGAAAUAUGGAAAUGCAGCAUCCGAAGAGGCACUUCCAAGGGAACUUCUUCUUGGGCAAAGUGAGAGAGAGAUUGAGUAUGACCGUGCUGGUCGAAUAAUAAAGGGCCAGGAGACCUCACUGCCAAGAAGCAAGUAUGAAGAAGAUGUAUUCAUAAAUAACCAUACCAGUGUUUGGGGUUCAUGGUGGAAGGAUCACCAGUGGGGCUACAAAUGCUGCAAACAGACAAUUCGUAACAGCUACUGCACAGGGUCAGCUGGAAUUGAGGCUGCUGAAGCUGCUGCAGAACUUAUGAAGGCAAACAUUGCUCGUAAGGAGGCCACAGAAGAGAAACCCAUACAGCAUGAGGAGAAGCGGCUGGCUACUUGGGGAACUGAUGUCCCUGAUGACCUGGUUCUUGAUAAAAAAUUGCUUGCAGAAGCUCUGAAGAAGGAGGAUGAAAGAAAGAAGGAAGAAAGGGAUGAAAGAAAGCGGAAAUACAAUGUGAAGUGGAAUGACGAGGUCACUCCGGAAGAAAUGGAAGCCUAUCGAAUGAAGAAGAUCCAUCAUCAUGAUCCAAUCAAAGAUUUCCUCCACUAAUUCCUGCUUGGUGUAUAUAUAUUACCACUGAAGUCAUGAAGCUUGGGAGGCUGUUGGACGAGCAACAAUUCCCCUGGACGCUUUUUUUGUUUGAGGGCUGAGUGUUCAGUUUGUAAAUUUUAGACCAAGCUGCAGAGGCUAUAAUUGUGGAGAACGUUUUCUUUUUCUUUGGUACUGGUUAUCCUUAAGAAAUCAAGUCUAUAGUCGUUUGCCGUAUAGGCUUACGAUUGUGAAAGGAGCAUUGGAAUGAUGGUUCUAUGUUAAAUGUGGUUUGGUUAUUGGGGUUAAGAUAGUGGUGAUGGUUCUUUGCCAAGUGAACUCCGGGAUAUCUGAAACAACAAAAUUAUCGAACA